AUGAACAUCGUGGAAUGGGCCUUUGGCAAGCGCAUGACGCCCGCCGAGCGUCUGCGCAAGCACCAGCGCGCCCUCGAGAAGACACAACGAGAACUCGAUCGCGAACGUGUGAAACUAGAGAACCAAUCGAAGAAGCUAGAGGCGGAUAUCAAGAAGAGCGCAAAAGCUGGACAAAUGAAUGUAGUCAAGAUACAGGCGAAGGACCUCGUGCGGACUAGGAGAUAUAUCCAGAAGUUCUACCAAAUGCGUACCCAACUGCAGGCCAUAUCCCUUAGGAUACAGACUGUCCGUAGCAACGAGCAGAUGAUGCAGUCGAUGAAGGGAGCGACAAAAAUACUCGGUACCAUGAACCGGCAAAUGAAUCUUCCAGCCCUGCAGCGCAUAGCCAUGGAGUUUGAGAAGGAGAACGACAUGAUGGACCAGCGACAAGAGAUGAUGGAUGACGCCGUCGACGAUGCCAUGGGCGUAGAAGAUGAGGAGGAGAGCGAAGACGUGGUCAACCAGGUCAUGGACGAGCUGGGUAUCGAUCUCGGCUCAGCUCUUGGAGAGACACCGACCGACAUUCAAAAGACCGCAGUGGCGGACAACCGUGUAGCACAAGCGGUUGGCGGAGGCGACCCCGGUGACGAUGACUUGCAAGCCCGACUGGACAGCUUGAGGCGAUAA